AUGAAGAAACUCUUCAGCAGGUCGACGGGCAAGCCGCAGGAGAAUAGUGGAGAUGGAACAAAAGGCCCGAAUAGGGCUGGAUCAAUGCCUGUGCACCGCUGGCAACCCUCUCAACAGGAUUCGCUAUCUAGCGAAGCCCCCUAUACGAAGGAUGCAGAAACGGCCAGUUCUCUCCCCAGCACCCACAGAGGGCCACUUGUAGGGAAAGUGAUUUUUCUUUGCAAGUCUUAUGAACCUGCAGGAUGGGCGAACCUCAGAAGAGGGGGCGAAGCGCGAGCUGGAAGUGCAGCAAAGACUCGCUACGGUACUGCAGGACGAAAAGGCAAGCUUCGGCACCCCCCACAACCCAAGUACUUAGAACAAGUGGUAUCCAUGGAGGACAAGCUGAAGAGUUCAACAGACGCAAUUCAGCGCCUCAACGAACAUAUAGCCGACCUGAGAAAGCUCUUGGCUACGAAGGAUAAAGAAGUUGAAGAGCUGCGCUAUGAGCUCGAAUAUCUACGGAAGGAAAAAGCAGAAGCCAGAGAACUUGCAGUAACGGAGACAGAGAAGUUGGCAAAGGCAAAUGCCAAAAUUGAAGAGCUUGUCGACCGCUUGCAAGCAUCAGAAGGGCAAAGGAAUUCCUUCCUACAACUCGGUUCUCCUGAGGAGCUUGCAUCCUUGGCAGCACGGAAUUCAGAGCUGCUGAGCCAGCUGGCCGAAAAGGAGGAGGCUGUGCUGAGCUUGAGGCGCCAGAUGACAGAAAUGCAGGAGCAUGCAGAGGUGAGGCUUUAG